AUGCGCACUAUCGACGUCCGUGCGAACUACCCAGAGUCACAGGUCGCUUCGGACUAUGUUGAUGGCAUUGCUAUUGCGGUCCUUUAUUUGAUGGUUAUUAUGAUGAUGGCUGUUCUAAUCCGACUUUCCUUUCGUUUGUAUAUCCUUCGCUCACUACAAUGGGAUGACGCAGCGAUUUCCCUCUCUCUGAUAUUCGCCAUCGCGCAGUCGAGUGCGAUCUUUCAAGCAACAAAGCAAGGCUUUGGGAAGCAACAAUCCGCUCUGAGUGAGUAUGAAGUCAACACCAUUGAAAAGAUUGUAUAUUCCUCGGAUUUACUCUAUAUUCUUUCUCUCAGCAUUGCCAAAAUCUCAGUUUUACAACUUCUCAGCCGAUUGACCGUUAACACAUUACACAGAAGAAUAUCCAUCUGGGCGAUGAUUCUUGUCACUAUGUGGACAAUCCCAGCCUUUUUUGUUCUGGUCUUCCGAUGCGGUAUACAUAAUCCAUGGAAAUUGGAGAAUGGGCAUUGUAUGAAUAGUUUCCUUUUCUGGGUCGCAAUCUCCCCAGUUGACAUCAUAACGGAGCUCAUAAUUUUCAUUCUCCCAAUAUACAUCGUCAAUCCUGUCCAAGUCAUCGUGAGCAAGAAAGUAACCGUCGUCGUUGCCUUCUCCUUCCGCCUCUUCGUGAUCCUCACAACCAUCAUCCGCCUCAUUUACAUCCGCGACGGCUAUCCCUCCCCGGAUAUGACCUACUCCGGCUUCAAAACCACCAUCACCACGCAAUGCGUGCUAUGCGUCAGCCUCAUGUCAGCCUGCAUCCCAUGCUUGAAGCCCUUCCUCGAUGCCUUUCAGACCGGUAUGCUGAGCGUUACCCUCCACCAUCACCUUGCAGGUAGCCAGAGCAACUCUGGUGGCAACUCGUAUGCACUGGCCAGUAUGGGCAGAGGGAUCAAGGAGUCUGCGAGGUUGUCGCGGUUCAUGGGGGAUGAGGCGGAGGGGCUGGGUACCUCGGCCGCUGCAUUUGCGGUUACGGCGCCGGGGGAGAGGGAGCCGGGUGUAUGGAGGGAUCUGACCAUGUCGAUUCAGAGGACGGAUCAGUGGAGUGUCAGGCAUGAGUAUGUUGAUCCGAAGGGGGAGUUGGUGAAUGGACUGGACGGUAAAGGGGAGCGGGAAUAGAGCUGCUAAUGCCUUUUGAUCUGUUACUGUAUCAUGAUAGCGCACCG